UUUCUUUUUGGUAGUUUUGAAUUCCAAUCGAAAACAAGAUGAGCUUAAAGAAUGCAAUUAGCCAAAUCAGAGUCAGUUCUGUCUUGAAUCGAGAUGUCAAACAAUUUGGAAAAAAACAUUUAUUUGAUGGUGAUGAUGACACGUGUUGGAAUUCAGAUCAAGGACUUCCACAGUGGAUUAAUUUAGCCUUUGAAGACCCUCAAACUUUGAGUGGCUUUUGCGUCUCUCUACAAUUCCAGGGUGGGUUUUGUGGGAAAGAUUGUAUAUUGGAAGCUUAUAAUGGAACAUGCUUAGUAGAAAAUAUCUCAUUUUAUCCUGAUGAUAUUAAUUCCUUACAAAAUUUUGAAUUAUCUUUUACUGAAAAUCAAUCGGUGUCCUCUUUAAAAUUGAUUUUUCAAAAAAGUACAGAUUUCUUUGGUAGAAUUAUUGUUUACAAACUUGACUUGAAAAAGUUGUGAUAUUGGGAAAUUUUAUUCUAUAGAAAAAUUACUCCUUAAACUCUAAUAUACAUAUCACUAUUUAAAUUGGUGGCUCCAAUUCUUUUCUAUAUUACAUUUCUUAUUAUUAUGAUUGGCAACUGUUUAGUUAUAAUUUUGUUAAUUUGAUUCGUAAUGAGUCAGGAUUGGCCAAAAUAACUCAUAUUAUUAUUGCAUUAGUCAAUAGUUUUAACUAUCUCGGGUAUUUCAUUGCUGCAAAUAUAAGUUAUGCAUUCCUAUUCGUUCUUGCAGUACAAAAUCAAUCAAAAUCAUAUGAGUUCAUUCUGUGCCCGAGGGUCGUACAUAUCUAUCAUUUUCGGAAUAUUAUGUCUGUCUGGCCUCCGCAUUUUGUGCUAUAAUUGCAUGCAGCGGCUCAGUUUAUAGGAUUAUCUGUGUUAUUUAAAUGGGUCUAGGGGAUUGUACUAGUCAUGGUUAGGAUGGAGAUAAAAUUAGUUGAUUUUAUUAGAGUGUAUGUCUGUUUAUCUUUUUCUCAAUUUAUACAUGUCUUUUGUUUUUGACUAGUUUUUGACUAGGUUACUUGUAUAUUUGUUCAAUCAAUUUUCAACGAAGGGUACUUGGGAAGUUAUUAGUCUUUUUUUAACUUUACAUUAUUAUAAAUUACCAUUUUGUAGAGUGUAAUACCCUUUUUAUAGUGAAUCAUACAAAAUUCAUUUGAAUAGGUCCAUGCUCACUUUAUUCGAAACAAUGUUUCAUAUAAAAAAGGUAGGCUAUUUUAUUUCAAAGAUGUAAAGUAUGCUAGUAUUAUAUACAGUUCAUCCAUAAAGUAGCCUACCGGUACAUGGUGUAUGGAACAUUUGUUAAAUUAUUCAAUAUUGAACUCCUAUGCUAGGGCUGCUGCUGCUUAAUUAGACUUAUGAUCCUGCUGUGUUGUUUGCUGCUUUUAUAUGACUUGGAAAAAUUUUGAAAAUUUUUUUUUAAAGUUUAAUCUUAAAAGUUUAGAUAAUUGAGAUUUGAAAGUGUCAAUUUUUUAAACAUCAUGGUUUUGCAUUUUUUUCGGUCUAAAAACUUCAAUACCACUGUUUCAGCGUUUCAGUCUAUUAUUUCAGCCAUUAUGGAUUAGAAAUUAAUUUGACUUUAUUGUUUGGAAG